AACGGCACGAUCAGCCGAUUGUCGUAUGGGAGGGAGGGGAUGAGACGAGCGAGGGGCAAAGCAAAGUGUAUUGCUUGUGCGGGAGGGGCUUGUUUUUAGCAGCAAGGUCGUUCUUUGUGUCAAAAUUCUACUUGUGACGAAUUUUCUGUUUAUAAUAUUUGCUUAUUGAGUGAGUGAGUGUUUGUGCACGGUUGCAAAGGUCGUAUAGUGUGCGUAUGUCGUCAGUAUUUCGUAGCGUUUAGAACACCUCAACGAUAAUUAAAAGACGUUCCAAUGAGUCUGGGAACAGGUCAGACCACCGAGGGAUCGAAUGCAGGAGGAAUAUUCGUUCAAUUCAACCAGGACUGCACGUCGCUGGUAGCAGGCAGCGCCAGCGGGUACCACCUGUUCGCGCUGACUCCAGACGAUGGCCUGGAGGAGAUUUACGCUAGCCGCACGGGGCAGGAAGUGUGCCUCGUUGACAGGCUUUUCAGCAGUUCGCUCGUCGCAAUCGUCACUGUUUCCGCGCCCAGGAAGCUGAUCGUAUGCCAUUAUAAGAAGGGUACGGAGAUAUGCAACUACAGCUAUAGUAACACCAUCCUCGCGGUCAAACUAAACCGCUCGAGACUGGUGGUGUGCCUAGAAGAGUCUCUGCACAUCCACAACAUCCGCGACAUGAAGAUCCUGCACACGAUCCGGGAUACGCCGCCCAACGCGCGCGGGCUGUGCGCGCUGGCGCCUUGCGUGGACCACUGCUACUUGGCCUACCCCGGCUCCAGCGCCGUGGGCGAGGUGCAGAUCUUCGACGCCGUGCACCUCAACGCCAAGUGCGUCAUCAGCGCGCACGACUCGCCGUUGGCGGCGCUGGCCUUCUCCAUGUGCGGCCGCCGACUGGCCACGGCCUCCGAACGCGGCACCGUCAUCCGCGUCUUCGCCGUGCCCGAGCGCACGCGGCUCUACGAAUUCCGCCGCGGGGUCAAGCGGUGCGUCUCCAUCUCCUGCCUCGCCUUCAGCUCGUGCGGGCUGUUCCUGGCGGCGACGUCGAACACGGAGACGGUGCACGUGUUCAAGCUGGCGGAGGGCGCGGGCGAGGCGGGCGCGGGGGAGGCGCGCGAGGAGGCGGCGGGGGAGGGCGGCGACGGCGAGGCGCAGCCGGGCUGGAUGGAGUGGCUGUCGCGCGGGCUGGCGGCCGGCGCCGGCUACCUGCCGCAGCACGUGGCCGACGUGCUGACGCAGGGCCGCGCCUUCGCCGCCGCGCGGCUGCCGGUCACGGGGCACCGCGCGCGCGCCGCCAUCACCAGCGUGUCCCGCGCGCCGCGGCUGCUGGUGGCCACGUCGGCCGGCGUGCUGUACGUGUACGCGCUGGACGCGGCCGAGGGCGGCGAGUGCGCGCUGCUGCGCCAGCACGUCUUCCUGGAGCCGGCGCAGGCGGCGCACGCGCACGCGCCCGGCGCGCAGCAGGCGCAGGCCGAAGAUUCGGAGCGGUGCGGCGAGCUGGGCGCGGCGCUGGAGGGCUCCCCCCCGCGCGGCCCCUUCGACCUGCGCGACCCCAAGCACUUCCCGCCGAUGCGCGCGCCGGCCGCCGCCAGCGAGUAGCCCCCGCGCCCCCCGAGGGACACCCAAAAAAAGUUCAAAAUUGUCAAAAGCUACGAAUAAAAAAAAGAACUCCAUUGUGUCGAGUGAGUGAUCCGUUCGAGUGGAAGUGCACGGUCUGCGUUUGGAGGGUUCCUUCGUACUGUUCACUAUAUUUCAUUGUCCUGAAAAAAGUAAACCCGUUUCGAAUUCGCCGCGGUGACUAGUUUUAUUACCUUGUGUGCGAGUACAUAAUAACAAAUCUUGACAAUGUUUCUUGUGAAAUUUUAUAAAGUACAAUGAAACGCAGUGUAUAGUAUUAAGUAGGGAAACGUCAAACGAUGCCCGAUUUCGGAAAUAGACUGAAUCUUUUCGGGGCGGAGUACGUACAUUCCCGAGUCGGUGGCGGGUGAAGAAUCAGGAAAAAAGACAGCCCUAAUUUGCAAGAGAACCCCUGAAAAUGAACGGUCUAUUCCGCUGUAUAUUCCGGUUCUAGAAAAAUAAAAAAACGUAAAAAAGCCAAAAAAUAAAUUUAGUAUUCUAACUAUAUGCCAUCGUGUGUAUAUAUAUCCAAUCUUCAUUCACGUAGCCGACGCUAUUGGUGUAAAGAAAUUAAUACAGAUGUUCAACGAGGUCCACGCCACAUGGAGUAGAAUUUUUUAAAAGACCUGCAUCGCGAGGCCCUCAUUGUGUGGCUCCUGAUUCAAAGAUGAAAAAGCAAGUGACUUUGGCUCCCACCACAAAGUGUUGGCCACAUUUUUUUACUACGUACGAUUUGUUACAAUUAAUAAUCGAUACAACCUCCGAUGGCUUUGGUUGAUUCGGCAUAACAGUGAAAGUGUUGAAUCUAAUCACUUUGGAAAAAAUAUAUAGUAAAAUUGAGGAUGAACACUGAUUAGUAUACGGUGUGAAAACACGAUUCCUAAACAUUUUCACGAUAUGAAAAAAGAACACACUUAUCUCGAAUUUGACAAGAAAACCGUUAUAUUCAAGGUACUUUACAUAUACCAAUGAUUUUUUUAUACCAACAGAACUAAUUAGAACACGAAUAGUAUAUGAUAUACAUUUUUCAAAUGGCAAUGAUGUCGUUUGUGAAAAAAUUAAUUCUGAAAUACAGCCAGUGACCCAGCCGCUCGGCCAAAGCAAAAUGAGCCGUAUUAGUACGAGAAAAAUUUGAAUUCGAAAUGAGACCGUAUCGACUCUUAAUACGAUUUCCUUAUCGUUGUUUGUUCUCUUUACUUCAUCUAAAGAAUAACGAACAUCGUUUUAUGACUAAUUUGUACGCGACUAAAAUACUGGCAACACUGGACCGUUAGAUAAAUGCAUUGUCGCGUGUGUGUUGCCUUUAUGUAUUUCGUUAUUGUAAUCGAUUACAUAAUUAUAUCGUUUGGUGAAAAAAGUGGGAGAUGUUUAAAAAAAUUUACUUUUUACUCACAAGAUGUUCACAAGGGACAACAUUUUAAAAUCUGUCUAAAUACUGUCGAGCACAGAGUGUUAUUGAUUUAUUUAAUACACUGUGACCAACAUUUGUUUAACUUUUGACAUGAUAUGCAUACCUCCGAAGUUCCGUAAUUAUUGACAUACAACCAUAGACAGAAAAAUUUAAAUACUUCCUGGACUGUUUUAUUUUUUAAUUUUAGUGGAGAGACGUGCUCUAGCUCCUAUAUUUAUCGAGUCAAUAGAUUAUGUAACAAAGAUUAAUAUAAAUGUUUGUACCUGUCUUAUAAAUUAUAAUGAAACAAAAAUUUUAUAUAAUUCUAAUAAAGUCUUAUUGUUUAUUGUAAUGAAUCGUCGGGAUCUUGUUAUUUCUUGUGUACAGAAAUUAUCAAACGCAACAUUACGAUCCCAAUCAGACAAUAUCUUUUAUUGAACCCGGUUACAUUCACGAUUAAAACUUCUUCAUAAAUAAAAUCGAUUGUUAUAAAAAAUCGAAUCAGAAACGCAUUAGGACAUCACUAAUUGAUUAGAGUUCGAGCUGUCAAAAGUUAAAUAAAUGGUUGAACGGAGUAUAAUAAUGGGUAUUCCAGUAAGUGCUCUCAAAGGUCAUUUUACAAUUACUUGCUACUCGUAGCAACAGGCGAUUUCCUGGUUUGAGACAGGACAAUUAAUUGAAAGCGCUUGCAAACAUUAUUAUUAUUAUAGCACAAGAGGUAAUUCCCUGGUUUAAGACCAAGUAAUUAAUGUAAUGUGUUUUGCACAUUGUUAUUAUAUAGUAAAACGGAUUUCCUAGUUAGGGCCCAGGCAACUAAUGUAGCAUAUUAUUAUUACUAUAGCACAAGAAGUACUUCUCAAGUUUAAGAGCAGACAAUACAUAUAUCAUGCGUAUGUAUAUAAUCUUCAUAUCAAUUGACAUAGCUGUUUGAAGAGACACAUGGUCCGACAUGGAGUCUCAUUUUUAAUAGUCUAUCUUUUUGAAGACGGAGUAAAAUUACAUUUCUAGGGUUGCCAGUUUUUAUAAAAUUUUAAAUAGUUGUGUAGGUGGUGUCGAUAGUUUUAUCGAUAGAUUGUGAAAGAUACAAUUUUUGAUAAAAAUGACUCAAUUGUGAAAGUAACGACGUUCUAAUGAUUACUAAUUGCGUUAUUACCUUCUUUAUUAUAAUUUUGACAGUUGACCUACUAGUGAGCACAGGCAAUUAAUGUAAUGUGUUUAGCACAUUAUUAUUACUAUAACACAAGAAGUACAUCCUAAGUUUUUUAGAGCAGAAAAUUAAUUUAAAAUGCUUGCUACAUUUUUACUAUAGUCUGUUUUGGAACAGACAUGCUAUUCAAAUGAAUAUUGUUGGAAAAAGCGAUGAGAUAUCAAGUCGAAUAUUUCGAAAUAUACGUGAAAGUGUCACUUAUUCGAUUUAUUGAGCGAUUUCUUUAGAAUUUUAACCAAACAGGUUUGUUUACUUUUUGUUUUAAAUGGAUUGAAACGAAUAUAAUCUUUUAUUCGAGACCAGGCAGUUAAUGUAGCGUGCCACAUUAUUAUUGCUACAGCACACCAGGGAUUCCCUAGUGUGAGACCAGGUAAUUAAUAUGUUUUGCAUAUUAUUUUUACUAUAUACACAGAAGAAAAAAAACCAAUGGAAGUGCCAUAAGCCUCGAUUAUCAUCGGAACCGAUGUCGCCAAAACGCACAAGCAAAAUAGUAAACACUAUUGAAAUCUUGAUAGUGAUUGCUCAUAGUUUCCAAUUUAAAAAAAUGUAACAAAUUCUGGAUUGUUAACAUAAUUUAAACUUUGCCCAGUCGCAAUAUCGUUGAAAGUUUUAUCAUCUUUAUUGCAAGUUACGACGU